CUUGACUGUAAAUCAAAACAGGUUUCCCGGUUUCCGGUCAGGACAGAAAAAGGGCACUUUGAAGCAAGUGAGAAGCCGAUAACUGGUUUGGACUUUUGGAGGCUUUUUGCCGUAACGGACCUGUUCUGCAAUGUCUCUUCAACCAGGAGGUGAUUGAUGUCGAUUAUCGAAUGUUGCCGUUCGCACAAAGUAAAUGAGUUUAUAUUUUCUCCAACCAUGUUGUCCACCAUGAGAGUAUGGCUAGAUGAUUUUUUAUGUCGAUUUUGAGCACGGGUUUUUCCAGAGGGCUAAAUGACGAUAGCUUUGUUCUAAGAACCACACUAAUUAACAUGCUGAAUUUUUGUGACAUUGAGGGUUGAGGAUACUAUUGAGGUUGCGUGGUAUGGCCACAGCCAACAACAAUGAGACUAGGCAGCCUUCGAUCCAAUUCUGCAAUUCUUACAGAGUGGCAAGCCUUUUCGACACAAUUCUGGAAGCAACCCAAGUGGCAGAUUUGAAAGACCGGUAUAUUCUAGGUGAGGAAUUGGGAUGGGGACAGUUUGGUGUCAUUAGGGCAUGCUCGGAUAAGUUUACUGGUGAGGUUUUAGCUUGCAAGUCUAUCGCCAAAGAUAGAUUGGCCACGCACAAUGAUGUGCGCAGCAUCAAGCUUGAGAUUGAAAUAUUGUGUAGGUUGUCUGGGCACCCGAAUGUUGUAAAUCUAAAGGCAGUUUAUGAGGAGGAAAAUCAUGUGCAUUUGUUGAUGGAGUUAUGUGCUGGAGGGGAGCUUUUUCAUCGGCUUGAGAAGCAGGGAAGAUUCUCAGAAACUGAUGCUCGGGUUCUUUUUAGACAUCUGAUGAAAGUUGUUAAGUAUUGUCAUGAGAACGGUGUUGUUCACAGAGAUUUGAAGCCGGAAAACAUUCUCUUGGCUACAACUUCUUCAUCCUCACCAAUUAAGUUGGCAGACUUUGGCCUUGCAACCUACAUCAAACCCGCAGGGCAGAAACUGCAUGGGACUGUUGGAAGUCCAUUUUACAUAGCUCCGGAAGUACUUGCAGGAGGUUAUAACCAGUCUGCUGAUGUAUGGAGCGCUGGAGUUAUUUUAUACAUACUUCUUAGUGGGGUGCCUCCUUUCUGGGGGAAGACUAAGUCAAGAAUUUUUGAUGCUGUAAGGGUUGCAGAUCUGUGGUUCCCUCCCGAUCCUUGGGGUCACAUAUCUGCAUCUGCGAAGGAAUUGAUCGCUGGAAUGCUUUGCAUUGAUCCUUUCAGAAGGCUCACAGCUGCACAGGUUCUAGCUCAUCCAUGGAUGGAAGAUCAUGCAUAUGCGAGUCAAGAGACACACAAGCUGGACAAUCAAUUUCGCAAACAGCUGGAAGUGGGUGGAGGUUCUUUCUCUACACCAUUUAUCUAUACGAAUCAGAACUUCAGCUUAGAUGAUGGCUCACCCACAGCUGGUGAUGUGGAACUGUGGCAAUCACCUGCAUUCACAUGCAAAUCAUCUUCGUCAGGUUUCCUAGUUGACAACGCUAGUCUUUGCCCUGCAUCUGGAGGUUUUUCUUUUAGCAGCUGUUAUGAAUCAAGUCCGCUGGAGUUUUCUUCACCAGUUCCAUCGAUGCCUAGCUUUACCUUCUUCGGUCCAAGUUCUGCGGUAGAGCAAAGAAACAUCACGUUAAGAUUUAAAACCAACAUGGCGACAUUAGAUACAGCGUACGUAGAGUCAAGCGUGGAGAAGCUAAUUGUGCUGACAGAUUGCUCAGCUGUCAAGUGUGACGGUGGAGAAGUAGAGCGCAAAGAAUUUUGGAGAGGCGGAACAAACGGGCCUUCUAGGGUUGCUGGAAUCCACAGCAAGAGGAACAACACGAUUGGACUUGGCGAGCUUGAUCAGCUUAAUCUGGCUGUAACCGAAUCAGUCAUACGUUGGGCGUCAUGCACGCAUAUCCCUACUGUCCCAUCGCUUAGAUUGUCGCUCGUCUGCUAGACCGGUUAAGCGUAUGAAACAGCCGUUGAGGCACACGUAAUUCACACCAUGUAAUGUAAAAUGAGAGAGACACAAAAGCCUUGUGGUGUAAUGGAGGGGUCAUGCUUUUCUACUUCAA